AUGCAAGGGGUCAUUCGGAGCACCAUCAAGACCCUGCUAGAAACGCAAGCCGAGCACCGGCAGCAGAUUGCGGCGCACGACAAACAGAUGCGGGGCAUGCAGGCCCUGCUCGUCGGCCGAAAAAGAACUGAUUCAGACAAGGUUCGCAGGGGAGAUUUGGCUCGGGCGACAGCCGUCGCUGCUGAAACCGGUGCCGUGCUGGCCAAGCUUCGAAAGGAUGUGGCGACCGUCAGGGAAGACGCGCGGGCCGAGACGAACGAUCUCGAGACACGGAUAGAGGGCAAGGCCUCCAGGGAGCACGUCAAGGCUUGCCUCGACGGAAAGGCCAACCAAGAGGACGUGGCAACGCUGCGGGGUCGCAUUGACAGGCUGUCCGCGGCAACGGCAGGGCUUGCUGCUGAGACGAGGGGUGUCCAGGCGCUGCGCGACCAGGCGAUGUCGACCGAGAAACGCUUGGCAGAGGUGGAGGCCAGGGUACAAGGGUGUGAGGCCCACGCCGUGCGGUCAGACCCGGCGGCGGUUGCCCUCAGGAUCGAAACCAUUUCCUCGGGGCUGGAGGGCUUGAGCAAGCGAGUGGACCACAAAGCCAGCGCCUCGGCCACGGAACGUGCGCUCGAGAACAAGGCCGAUAAGUCGGUUCUCAUUGCCGCUCUCAAGUCCAAAGCCGAUCGGGCCGACCUAUCAGCCAUCGAAGCCUCGGCGGCCUCGCUCCUCGAGGUCUCCCGAGAGCGCGCCGCCGCCGCCGCCGCAGCCACCGCCGCCGCCGCGUCUCUCAGGCUCCGCGCCGACGGCCACGAUAAGGCCCUGGCCCGGCUAACGGCGGCGGCGGCGGCGGCGGCGGCGGCCAACGAACAGAAGAAGUCGAGCGGCGACAAGAGGGCGGCGGAGGAGGAGGCGGCCUGGCGCCGCUGCGAGAAGGGGUUCCGGCGAAUCGCCAAGAGGGUGGACAGCGUGGAGGGGGGCCUGGCCGCCCUGGCGACGGCGUCGGCGUCGCUCGCCGCUAGGGCCGCCAAGACAGCUGACGCAGUCGAGAGGGAUCGCGAGAGGUCCCAGGGCAAGGCCGAAUCUAUCACGGAUGCCGUACGGGCGCUGGAAGGGCGCUUGGAAGAGUGGGAGCCGUCCUGCCAGCUCGAGGCGGUGCAGCGGCUCGUCGAUAACCAGGUGUCGGCAGCAGUAGCGAAGGAGAGCACGGCCGACGCCGCCGCAGCGCGGCUGUCGGCGUUGGAGCGUGAGGUUCGUGGGAUUCUCUCCGAGCUGUCGGACAGGCCGGCCGAUCGGAGCGGACCAACGGCGGCGGCGGCGGCGGCGGCGGCGGCGGCACCAGACAGGCGGUUGUCGGCACGCCGGCACGGGGGGACGCGAAAUCAGCGACGGCGCCUCCACCACCACCACAGCCGCGGCAGCGUCGACGGGGCCACCGACGGGACCGCCGCCCGAGGCACCGGCGGCGGGCGUACGCCCUCAGAGCGAGAUUCUCGAUCUAACGAGGGAGGAAGAGGGGUUCCAGAGCCGCUUGCGGAGGAGAAUCGGGUGCGUCGAGGGAGUUGGGUGGUGGACGGGGAGGGCGGGGAGUACAGAGGGGUAGGGGAAGGAAGGAGAGGGGAGAGCCGGGGAGAAAGGGCGAGGGAAAGGGUGCGAAGAGGAGGAGCAUCGGAGGGACGAGCAGGCAGCGGCGGCAGAGACGGGGUUGCACUCGCAACGCCGCCGGCAGGGGACUUCGGGGAGAUCUCCUCUCCCGGAAGCAGCAGCAGCAGCAGCAGCGAAACGCCUCGCCGCCGACCAUCUUCGGCGUCGGGACCGAGCGGCGGCGGCGGCGGCGGCGGCAGCGGCGGCGGCGGAGAACGACAAGCCGUCGGAGCAGGCGGCGCGAUCGCUCGACGAGCCGGCAGAGUUGCGACGCGUUGUUCCUCCUGCGCGCCCUCUUCUUCGUGCUCUCCGUGUCGUUGCCGGGAGUUGUACCGAGCGGAGGAUCGGUCCGCCCCGCCGGACGACGCCUCGCAAGCGGCAGCGGCGACGGCGGCGGUUUUAGUCGCGCCGGCGACACGAGCGGAGGUAUUGGUACCGGCAGCGGUUUCAUCGAGGGGACACGCCAACCUCAAAGAAAGCACCAGGAAAAGAAGCGCGGGCGGCGGCGGCGGCGGCGGCGGCGGCGGCGGCAGCGGCGGCGGUGGCGGCGGCUGCCCCUGCGUCAGUUUCGACCCCCCCCCUACAGAUAAAAAAGUGGAACGGAACGACGACGAUGCGUCCGGUAAAACGCCGGAGGCAUCGGUCAGCGCGCGACCGGGCGCAGUCCGUCCGCUCGCUUCCCCGCGAGGCCGCGACAAGCACCCUGCUAGGGGCGACGGCGGUAGCUGUAGCGGCGGCGGACGUCGUUGUUUUCGUCGGCAAGGCGGCAGCAGCAACCAACGGCAGGGUUCGGCGGGGGAGGGGGACAAGGGGCCGCCGCCGCCGCCGCCGCCGGCCGGGGGAGACGUAGACGGGAUUGUCGAAGAGGCCGGGACGUACCCGCGUAGCUCGAGCGCCAUCGGACGAACAAGAGGCCCCUCUUUGGCUGUUUCAUCGUCGAGGAGGGACGUGGGGGCCGGGACCUCGGCGGUCGCAAGCCGAAUCGAAGAGCUGCGGAGGGAGAAGGAGGCGCUCAGAGAGUUGUAG